AUGACUGAUCUUAGUGGUACAACAUCAACAUCACUUAAUACAUCUCAAACAACAUCAGGUUCAAAUGCUAACAAAAAAAGUAAAACAACUGCUGCAAGUAAAAGCAAAAAAGCUAAGAGUACAAGUAGCCAUCCAAAAUAUUCGGCUAUGAUUAAACAGGCAAUAACACAUUUAAAUGAUCGUAAUGGUACUUCGAAAGCAGCUAUAUUAAAAUAUAUCUUGGCUAAUUUUAAAGUUAAUUCAGCAUCAACAAAUCAACAUCUUAAAUCGGCAUUACGUGCAGGUAUAAAAAAUAAAUCAUUAAAACAAACAAAAGGUGUUGGUGCAAGUGGAAGUUUUAAAUUAUCUUCCGAUGCAGGAACAACAAAGAAAGGUUCAUCAGCUGGUAAAAAGAAAAAAUCGACAACAACAACAACAAAAAAAGCUUCAAGUGCAAAACCACGAAGUCGAUCAAAAACACCAGGUGGAAGUAAAAAAACAGGUGGUAGUAAAACAAAAAAAGCACGAUCAUCAAGCAAACCAAAAGCAGCAAGUGGUGGUGCUACGAAACGAAAACGUUCACCUUCACCAGCGAAAAAAGCACCAGCAAAGAGAGCAGCUCCCGCAGUUGCAGCUGCAGCUCCAGCCGUAGCCGCACCAUCAACAACUGCUCCUGCUAGUGCUGCUGCUGCUGCUCCAAGCAAAAAGAAAGCAACAACAGGCGCUAAAAAAGCUAAAACAGUUAAACCAAAAUCUAAAGCAGCUGCUAAACCAAAAUCAGCAGCUAAAGCUAAGAGUCCAAAGAAGAAAGCAGCAGCACCAAAGAAAAAAGCUGCUGCUAAACCAAAGAGUAAAGCUACAAAAUCUAAAUCAACUACGGCUUCAUCAACACCAGCUGCUGCUGCUGCUACAUCAACUACAACUUCCAAUACUGCUACCAGUACCAGUAGUGCAACUCCUGCAGCAAAAAAAGCUCGUAAGAGUGCAACAACUAAAAAAGCCAAAAGUCCAAAAAGAUCAACAGGCAAAAAAUGA